UAUAUAUUUGAAAAACCUGACCCGUCGAACGGACACGCUCUCUGGUGGCAGUAUAAGUUAUCCUAUCUUUCUGUAAUUUCGUGGACGUUUUCAUAACACUACGAUCGUCCUCCUUCUAUGUAGGCUUCGUGAUAUAGAUGCAAAAGAGAUGAGUUAUUUAAGUAUAAGCAAAAAUUUAAGUUAAAAAUUUUUCAAUGAGAUAAACAUUAAAUAGUAGGAUAGUUGUCAUAAGACAUUAGCUUAGAAUAGUGAUGUGAAGAGUAGAUUUAUUAUACAUUUUUGAACAGCAAUAUUGUAUUAUCACAAACAAAAAUGGCGUUUGCAUGUGUCAAAUUCUUAUAUUCGCUCUUAUUUAAAUAUUUCUAUGACACAUUAACGUAUAGUAGUACAGAAUAAUACUGAAGUAUAGAGUUGAACAACUGAGUUAACUGAGUUAGUAUGGCUUCAUGAACAGUUAGCUUGGAGAACUGCAAAUCAUAAUCAACAUGAUCCAGUUUGAUAAAAAUAAUUCAGCCAGGGCUUCAGCAAUGAAUUGUAGAAGAAUCUUCAUAGUUGGCUCUACCUGCUAUUUGUAGGAGAAUCCUAUCUAUGAGAUAAAUUCGUGCGGCAUUUGAAGAUUACUUAUAAUCUUUAAAAAUAUAUCAAAAAGUUGAUAGAAUGGAUUCUCCGCCAUCAUGCUCUCUUAGUACUACAGGUCCUUUAAGUGAAUUUGGUAGCAGUGGGCUUGGUGGAUCGAUAUCAAGCGAUUCUGUAAGAGCUCAGCUUGCUAUUGAGAUGCAAGAAAGUGAUAUGGAAAGUAAAUCUUUGUCUCAAGAUUCAUUCGAUUAUUCUGACGGAAUGAAUAAUCAGAAUUUUAAUACUUUAAAAAAAGGACCAGGGUGGGCAGACUUAGAUAGCAAACUUGAAGUGAUAGCAGUAGUGGAUGUAGCAAUAAAACCUCCACCAGAAUUUCAAGAUAGUCCGUCACCACCAGAUUCAGAACGAUCUAAUUUACCAAUAUUGUGCUAUCCACGGUCACUACGGAAAAAAAUAUCCCGGUUGAUUGAAGAAUUGAGCGAAAAUUUAGUUCAACAAAUAAUUGAAGAAGCUCUUGAUAUUUCUUGUCGUAUUUCGUGGCCUGAAGGUCGUUUAGCUCAAGUUCCUUCUACUCGAAUAAUCCAAUCAACGAACAUCGCUCACAUUUUUAAUUCCAAAUUACGUUUUUGGGCAUCAGAAAUGUUACCAUCAUCAUCUUCACGUCAAGCGAGCACUGCUACGAUUACAAUAACUCCAUACAAUACGCUCAAUCGUCCAAAUUCACGGUGCUCAUUAGCUUCUUCACGUCUUUCAAGUUCGCAUAACUCAAUAAAUACUUCAGGUUUAUGCAAUAAGGCUGAUGAUAGCAGCUUCAUAACGUCAGCAAUGUCCCAUGAUGUAUUAACAACGAGUGAGAUAAGUGAUAUGUAUAAUGUUCCCUUUGACUCUGACAUUUAUACUGUUCCUAUCGAUGUUAUAAAACCGUUCCACGAACUGCGAAUUCCACAACGUCCAAAGCGUCAUCGUCAUCAUCGUAAAAGAAGAAGAAAUGUUUCAGCUAGCUCUCAAAGUGAGUUUGAAGCUCAUAUUCAGCAAACAAGACAUUAUUGUGGUAAGCCUCGUGCUGUAACUCAUGUUAUAAAAUCACAACGGUUAUUAACUGAUGUUUGUUGUAACGAAAGUGGCAACGGUAAACGGCAUAGUGUACCAGGGACUUCAGGACGACAUGGAUCACGUAUUCCAAAUAAUAGUCAUAUUCAUAACAUUGGUGAACCAAUUCAUAUGACAUUACACGAAGUGCGUCAAUAUUUGGAAACACUUUAUUCAAGUUCAAGUGACUCUAGUGACCAUAAAAUCAAGUGCAAUAAAGUAUUAACAAACCAAACACCAAUACAUCUUAGUGUACCAAAAAAUGUAAGUGUAAAUAAUAAUAACAAAUAUAGUAAUCCUCAUACUAAUUGUACAACAGAUAUAUCGAUUUCCAAUAAAAGUACUAAUGGAUUAUUAAUAAAUAACAACAAUAAUAAUAAUAAUAAUAAUAAUAAUAAUAAUAAUAAUCAUGCUAAUGUAAGAAAGCAUAAAAAAGGAUCGUUUGUAAAUGUUAAACAUAAAAAAGUAAAGGAUGAAUCACAUAAAGAAAAAGGUGACACUGAUAGAGAAAAAAUAAAAAAAAGCCAACGUAAUUUUUCAUUGAGUUUAAAACAAACACUGUGCAAUAUAUUUAGAUUUAGGCGAUUAGGAUCACCUGAUCAUUUUGUUGAAAAACGAAAUGAUAUUGUACAAGGUGAAAUUGUCGAAGAAGAAGAAGGUGAUUCUGAUCAAGCAGUCAAUAAUAAUAACACAACGCUGGAUAUUGAUUCAUCUGCGUUAAAAAUGCCAUUUUUUAAACGUGCGUUACCACCUUUACCACGAAGUAAUGGACAACUAAAUAUAGAACAAGGUGAAGAUGCUUUGACGGUUAUUGAAACAAAAAUUGAUUCACCACCAGUAAUUCAUCGUGCUUUAACGCCAAAAGAAGAAGAAAUGCCGCCUGAAGAUACCAGUAUGGACUUCGCAGCUAGUAUUGAAAAAGUUAAAGAUUAUGGAUGGUAUUGGGGACCUAUGUCCGGUGAAGCAGCAGAAAAAAUAUUAUCUAAUGAGCCAGAUGGUUCAUUUAUCGUUCGAGAUAGCAGUGAUGAUCAUUAUAUUUUUUCGUUGUCAUUCAGGCUUAACAGUUGUGUACGACAUGUAAGAAUUGAACAUGAUCAAGGUAACUUCAGUUUUGGAAGCUGCACAAAAUUUAAAUCUCAUACAAUUGUUGAUUUUAUCGAAAAUGCCGUUGAACACUCUCGAAGUGGUCGAUAUUUAUUUUUCCUUCAUCGGCGACCAGUGCUUGGUCCAAUGAGAGUACAAUUACUUCAUCCUGUUUCAAGAUUUAAACAAGUUCAAUCUCUUCAGCAUAUUUGUCGGUUUAUUAUUUUAAAGAUGGUACGAAGAGAUUUGAUUGCGACUCUUCCGCUUCCUCGUCGACUCAUUGACUAUCUGAGUACACCACAUUAUUACAGCGAACAAUUAAUCGAACAAGAAGAGCGUGCUGAAUCUCCAGUUAGCUCGUCAACUGGUGAACUAGAAAAGAUUUGUUUUACACCUCAGGGGUUAUCGUGAAACUCAAAAUCAGACAUAAUUUUGAGUUACUUGUGGAUUUAAGCAAUCCUUAACGAGUGAUCCUAGAGGCUACUAAUUAAUUAUGUAUGAGUUCCAAGAAGGAGGAAGGGGGAGGAGGUUAAGAGAAUCUACACUGUUAAAAAUUUUUGUAAAAUUACAAAUGUUUUACUAAACAAAAUCUUAGUAAAAUUACAAAUCGGUGUGUGGCAAAUACCAUAUCCAAUACAAUUCGAGUAAUCUACCAAAAAAUAUAAGGAAACCUACAUAGAUGAGUUGUCAUGUUACAAACUUCAUGUAAUUAUUCGACACGUAUUGUAAUUUUAUCAAACCGUAGGUCAGUUUUCGAUAAAAAAUUUCUAAAAUUUACAAACACAGUUUACAACAAAAUAUUAGAACUCAAAUUACUAUUAGGUGAUUGAAAGUUUACAAAUAUUUGUUAUAUUUUUGAAACUCUGACUUUUGGAAAUUCCAUGGCUCAGUGUGCAAUUUCAUAGAAAUUAUUUAACCCUCUGAACCCGAAUUGGAACUAAGUGAGCGACGCGGCGUCAGAGUGAGGAGCGUGUAAAAUAAAUGUAGAAGGAGGCGUUACAUCAAGAGUGGGGGAAAAUCCCAUUAGGCUCAGAGGGUUAAUAUUCAUACACGUUUUGUAAUUUUGCUAAAUCAUUGAUUAAUGUUCAAUAAUAGGU